AUGAAGAGUUUCGAUACUUUCAUAAAUUUUAGAGGUGAAGAUGUUCGCAACAAUUUGAUCGGACAUUUGUUCGAUGCGUUGCAUAAUUACGGGUUAAUAACGAUAUUUUUGGACAAUGAGGAACUAUUAAUUGGAGAUCGUCUGGAUGAGAUGCUGGAGAAAUCAAUUGAGGAAUCAAGAACUGCUAUUGUGGUUUUAUCAAAAAACUAUGCUGAUUCGAAAUGGUGCUUGAGAGAGUUGGUGAAGAUUAUGGAAACCAUGGACGAUGGAACGAAUCGAGUUCUUCCCGUGUUUUAUCAUGUGGAUCCUUCUGAUGUUCGUCGUCAAUCUGGAUGUUUCAGGGAAAGAUUUGAUGAAUAUGACCAAAUAAAUGAUCCCUUACAGCGUCAGGAAGUUAACAAUUGGAGGACAACUUUGACAAAAGUCGGCAAUCUUGCUGGAGUUGUAGUAACAGGAGAAAGCCCUCAAGUGCACGGUCUCAACAAAAUCACAAACCAAAUAUUUGAUAUGUUGCGAAGACCAAUGUUAGUAGAUCCUAAUAAGUUGAAAUACUUAGUUGAUAUCCCAAAUCGGCUGAGUGAUAUCAAUAGCCUACUUGAUUUUGAAUCAAAAGAAGUACGUUUUAUAGGGAUAGUUGGAAUGGGUGGCAUUGGUAAAUCAACUCUUGCUCAAGUUAUUUACGAUAAGUUUGCAUCUACAUUUGGCAACAAUAACUCUUGUUUUCUAACAGUUUCUGGACGUGAUAUCGUCACGGUCCAACGUCUACUACUCUCUAAACUUGUUUAUCUUCGUAGAAAUGAUGGUAUUAAAAUUUCAGAAGAGAGUGAAGGAGCAAACAUGAUUAAAAAUUGUUUGAGUAGACAAAAGGUUUUGAUUGUUCUUGAUGGGGUGAAUGAGAAAGAACAAUUAGAAAAUUUAGCCGGAAGUUUUGAUUGGUUUGGUUCAAAAAGUCGAAUCAUCAUUACAACUCGAAACAAAGAUGUUUUUUCUCACCGAAAUCAUCAACAAGUUCAAAUCUACAAUGUGGAACCACUUGAUUACAAGUCUUCAUUCUCACUCUUUUGGAAGCAUGCAUUUGGAGAAAGUGGGGGUCCAAAUGAAGAACAAUUCAUACAAUUUAGUAAAGAGAUUGUGGAAAAGGUUGAAGGACAUCCACUAGCUUUGGAACAAAUUGGAGCAUCUUUGCAUGGUCGAGAUAUUAAUGUGUGGAGAGAAGAGUUGGAGAGUGUGAUUUUAGUUGAGAAUAAACGUCUCUUCAAUAUAUUAAAGAUAAGUUUUGAUCAAUUAGAAAGAAAAAGCCAACAAGCUUUUCUUGAUUUAGCUUGUUUCUUCCAUGGAAAAAGUAAAGACAAAGUUAUUGAAAUACUUGAGAGUUUUGGAUACACUCGUCCCUACACUGAACUACAAUUGAUGUGCAAUAGAUUUCUUAUUGAAAUGGAUAAUGAGGGCAUAAUAUAUAUACACAAUUUAAUUCAAGCAAUGGGUCAAAAAAUUGAACGACAAGAACCUCAACGAGCAAGGAUUUGGUUUCGAGAAGAUGCCUUCGACAUAUUUGCUGAACAACACGGAGUAAAAUACAUAAAAGGUGUUGUGUUGGACAAGAGAGAGAAGCAACCUGAAUUAGAGUUGGAACCUAGUCUAUUUAAAGAAAUGACCAGCUUAAAACUAUUAGAAAUUGACAAUGUGAAGCUUACAAAAAAUCUAGAAUAUCUCUCAAAGCAGCUUCGAUCGCUCAAUUGGCAUGGCUAUCCUUCAAAUUCUUUGCCACAAAAUUUUGAAGCACCACGUUUAUUUGAACUUCUCUUGCCUCGUGCUCGAACUUCUCAUCUUUGGAAUGGUGUAAAGAGGUUUGAGAAAUUGAAGGUUAUCGAUGCGAGUGAUUCACACAAUUUGGUGGAGACACCAAACUUAAGUCAAGUUCCGAACCUAGAAAGAUUGGUUCUAUGUGAUUGUACAAGAUUGCGUACAAUUGACAAUUCGAUUAUCAGCCUGAAUCGUCUAGUUUUAUUGGACCUCAAACGCUGUAUUAGCCUCAAAACAUUUACAUUGAUGGGAAGAUUGAGGAGUCGCACAGUUAUAGAACUUGAUGGCUCAGGUCUCGAGGGUCGCCCGAUAUUGGAAGGUGAAGCAGUUAUUUAG